AUGAGUACCUUGUUCUGCCUACUAAUCUUAUCCAGCUUACUAUAUGAAAAUGAGUCAGGAAAGCCAAAGAAGUAUGUAAAUCCUAUACUUCAGAAAGAAAGAGAGUUAAAAGCAAUGUUUAAAAGCUUUCAAGAAAGUGGUGAGCCUAAAGGCGAAUUUCAACCAGAAGCAAACAGCACAAUAUUGAGCAAACUAUGGCAGUUAACCAAUCACUGUUUCCUAACAUUUAGUAACUUGGCUAAACUUAUACAAAACGAUCAUGCACUGAAAUAA